UUCAGCGUGUGAGCUGAGACCCUGCCGGCGGUCACUCAGAGUGUCUAUCGUCAGGUUCAGACGUUUGCAGAAUUUGGAAGAAUAGUCAGUGAAAGGUGCUAUUUUCAGCUGCAAAAUGGAUUUAUUUAGCGAUUUACCAGAGCCGACGCAUACUGUUGCAGGUGAAGGCCACCCGAAGACCCCAGUUCCUUCGCUUUUUGAUGACCUGCCCCCUGCCUCGGACACCUCAGUAAACUCAGGCAAAGAAAUCUGCUCCAUUCCUCCAGUGACCAAAGAGGUGAAGGCAGAGAAGAGAAAAGCAGAAGAUAAAAAUGGAUCAAUGGUGCAGAAGAUUGCAGAAAAGAAAGUUUGUAAAGGAAUCCCUAAGCUGAAAGGUUAUGUGGCAGCCCGCAAAGGUGAGCGUGAGGAGAUGCAGGAUGCUCAUGUCUUAUGUGAUCUUACUGCUGACGUGUCUCCUUUACCAGACUCUGUCUCCCAUCUAGCCUACUUUGCUGUUUUUGAUGGUCAUGGAGGCACCAGAGCUUCAAAAUUUGCAGCUCAAAAUCUCCAUCUACACCUUGCACGCAAAUUUCCCAAAGGUGAAGUGAGUAACAUGGAAAAACUACUAAAAAAGUGCCUUAUUGACACGUUCAGACAAACGGAUGAGGAGUUUCUCAAACACGCCUCCAGCCAAAAGCCUGCAUGGAAGGAUGGUUCCACAGCAACCUGUGUGCUAGCAGUGGAUGAUGUACUGUAUAUCGCCAAUCUUGGAGAUAGUCGGGCAGUGUUGUGCCGAGUUUUUGAGGAAGAGAACAAGAAGAUAACUGCUUUGCCAUUAAGUAGGGAGCACAACCCCACACAGUAUGAAGAAAGAAUGCGUAUCCAGAAAUCAGGAGGCACUGUACGAGACGGCAGAGUACUGGGUGUACUAGAGGUCUCACGUUCACUAGGGGAUGGUCAGUUUAAGCGCUGUGGUGUGAUCUGUACUCCUGAUGUACGCCGCUGUCAGAUUACUCCAAAUGACAGGUUCUUCAUCCUUGCCUGUGAUGGUCUCUUCAAGGUAUUCAGUCCAGAGGAGGCAGUCAGCUUUGUUCUGGACACUCUUGAGUACAAUGAGAUUCAAACUUGCUCGUCACCCACGAAGUACUGGCAAUGGUGUAAUAGCAGCAGGAGACAAUACACAGCACAGAACAUGAAAUUCAACAGAAGACGAGAAACAUGUUGCUGCCUCAACAACGGGUCCCCUCAAGCAGUCUUUGGUACAAGUGGCUGGAUAAACUUAGAAGCAUGUGAGAAUGAAGUGACGGAACUGGAGAAACAUUUGAACAAGGUGGUCAAACUAUGCUCCAAGAUGGUAGAAGCUGGCCAAGCAUACAAUGCUGCAAAUCAGCUUCUUGUGGAUGGACUUGAGGAGUUUCUUCAGUAUUACAAGAAAGACAGGAUAGUCAUGGCCUGCCUGUCUCAGUUUAAUCAAGGGCUGCGGGAGAUGAUCCAUUUCCACAUGAUGUUGUUUGACCAGGCACAGAGAUCACUAAUUCAACAAUUACAAUCUCAGCUUAUACAGUCAAUCCCUCAGCUAAAGGAAACUAGAAGAGAGUUCCUCCGAAUCAGAGACGAUCUGGAUGUUGCAAUAGCCAAGAAUGCCCAGGUAUCCCGGAAUAAACCUCAGGAUGGAGAAAAAGCCAGUCAUCUCUUGCUAGCCACCCGAAAAUGUUUCCAGCACUUUGUCCUUGAUUAUGGACUGCAGUUGAACCAUUUCAAGCUACAGCUGAAGUUGGAUAUUUUAAAUUCAGUAUUCUCUUAUUUCCAUGCACAAUAUACAUUCUUUCACCAAGGCUACGACCUCCUCAAGGAUCUAGAACCAAGCAAGAAAAAAAUGGCAGAACAGCUAGCUCAGCUUACAACUGAUGUCACUGCAAAGCGAAGAGAAGUGGAAUAUGCUCAUCAGUUGUCUCAGCAGAAGGAUGUUUUAGAUGACAGCACCAACAACCCACAGGAUAAGCUCACAGUUGAAGGCUACCUGUUUAAGAGGUCAAGGAAGAAAUCUAAAGUUUGGAACAGAUACUGGUUUUCCAUCCAAAAUAACCAACUUGUAUAUGUGAAAUCUCACAAGGAAGAGCCAGUCCUUCUGUUUGAUGAUUUGAGACUGUGCACUGUGAAAGCUUUGGACAACAUCGAACGUCGCUUUUCUUUUGAGGUGGUCUCUGUCCAAAAGAGCUGCAUGCUGCAAGCUGAUACAGAAGGUCUAAGGAGGGCUUGGGUUGCAGCCAUUCAGGGCAGUAUUGAUAUGGCCUACCGGGAACAGACAGAAUCAGCUUACCCACAGGCUGUGCUCAGUCAACCUUCCCUUUCAGCCACUGAUGUUCAGCAAAACGCAUCUUUUGGCAAGGCAUCUAUCUUAAGGGUUGUGCAGCAGGGAGGCGGGAACCAUCUGUGUUGUGACUGUGGGCAGCCUGAGCCACGGUGGGCCAGCAUUAACCUGGGCAUUACCCUCUGCAUUGAGUGUUCAGGGAUCCACAGGAGUCUUGGAGUUCAUCUCUCAAAGGUCCGUUCAGUCACUCUGGAUUCCUGGGAGCCAACACAGCUAAAGCUCCUCUGUGUCUUGGGCAAUGAUAUCAUCAACAGUAUAUAUGAAGCUAGAUGUUUUCAAGAAGGCCCUGUGAAAGUGACUGCGGCCAACUCUUGGCAGGAAAAGGAAGCAUGGAUCAAAGCAAAGUAUGUUGAAAAGAGAUUUGUGAAGAAACCCUCAUUUUCCAUGCAAGGUCAGAGCUUGGUGGCAUCACAGACCAGCAGCAGUGAACAGCAUCUCGGGUUGCAGCUGUAUCAGGCUGCACAGGAGGGCCACCUAGGUAAUAUGGCAGCCGCACUUGCUCAAGGUGCGGACAUCAAUUGGGCUAACAAGGAAGAGGAAGGACGUACACCAUUAAUCAGUGCUAUGCAUGGGGAUUCUCUUGUUGCUUGUGAAUUUCUUCUGCUGAAUGGAGCAAAUGUUAACCACCGAGAUAACUGUGGUCAAGGAGCUUUGCAUGCAGCAACCUAUAGAGGACACACUGGCCAGGUCUGCCUUUUACUCAAGAGGGGAGCCAAUCAGUAUGCAGUCGAUGAGAGAGGACUAGAUCCAUUGAGUAUUGCAGUGGAAGCUGCGCAUGCAGACAUCGUAACACUGUUACGGAUUGCCCGGAUGAAUGAGGAGAUGAGAGACUCGGAGGGGAUUUUUGGCUCACUAGGUGAUGACGAAACAUUUCAAGAAAUCUUCCGGGAUUUCACUCAUAUGGCAUCCAACAACCCAGAAAAGCUUUCCCGCCGUCCCGUUAGAAAAGAGAGCAAGGAAAGUGAAGACCAAAAAGUGCGCCUGGAGGUGUCGCCAGAUAGGACAGAUGGUGAGAAAGAAGAGGAGGGUGACUCAGCAGUAAGCCCUAAAGAGCCUGCUUGAGAUGUUUGUGAAGAAAUGGUCUCAUUAAAUUAGGAGAGAGACUCAGGAUGUGAGGAACAUCAACUCUUUAACACUUCUAAUCUCAUAUUUUUACAAUUCAUCUUCUUAAUAGCCUUUUGUAGGCUACUGGAACAGUCCUAUGGAGUCAUGCCUCACAUGUACUUGUGUUUUGUACAGUUAGUAGCACCUUGUUUUCAGUAUUUUGAAAUGUAUAGAUUAAAUAGGACAAUGACAUCUUCACUUGACAAAACCUUAACACAAUUAUAUUUUAAAGUAACAAGAUACAGAGCCUCCCCUAGGUUCCCGAUUCCUGCCUUGUGUCCGAAGAGGCUGUGGGGAGAAGAGAGAGGCCCUUGUGACCCUAAAGCAGGAAAAAAGAUGAGGUGGAAGGACGGAAAGACAAGCUGCUUGUGAUCUGCAAAGGACUGAGAGUAGACCUACUAGUCAGACUUGUGCUGUGCUGCUGGAGAUACUCAAUGGUUUAUAUGUGUGCAGUUUCUGUUCCUUAGGCACUUGGUCUUCUAAGUGGGUUUUAAGGUUAGUAGGAUUAUGGCAGGAGUGCCACUAACCUGAUCCCCAUGUAUGGGGGGUUCACUGUAUUGGGCUAAGCUUUACAUUGGAGGAGGUGACAGCACAUGAUAAGUUAUGGCAGCCGUCUUCCAGGAGGGAGUGUGUGGUGGCAGCGUGUAGUGAUUUGUAGAUGGACAGGAGGGGACAUUGGAGUUCCUCCUCACCUCCUGCUGAGAACAGCUGCAGCGCCAUAGUGGCAUAAGCUACAAAAGGUGCUAUAUGAAAUGGGCUUUAUUUUUUUCAGUAACCAAUACUUCCUUGCAUAGAAUGUGUGCUUACUCCGCUUUACAGUGACACCUAAGGUGAGCCUUCCUGUUUUUUGCAAUAAGCUCGUAAUGGAGUGCUGCCAUCUUGCAAGGCUUGUUUAAAAAAAAUAACAUAUACUCUGCUCAUUUUUUUCCCUUCAAGCUUCAUUUUAUUUUAAUGAGUGCAUCUUAAAUACAAUUUUCAGAAAGCUACAUUUACAAAGUCCAACAUACCGAACACAAUUAACAAAACAAAUAUACAGAUAAAUUGAAAAUGUACAGUCUUUCAUUCUUUAUUUACAGUGAAGUAGCCGUCAGCAUGCUGGCACCACCCUGUAGGUGAAGAUGUGUGAAACAAUGAGAGUGCGAGAUUACAGGGGUCAUUUCAAGAGGAAGAGCCGCCUCCUCCAU